AAUAUUAAUUUUUAUGCUAGUUCUUGCAUAUGAUAAGACAAGUACAUAACUGAUAACUGAUAACGAUAAUAACUUCAAUUUAAACGGCUAAAAAUUGUUAUUCGAUUAAGAUCGUCGACGUCAUCGCGCGCACUCUGCUUUCGUGUCGUCAGACGAAAAAGUCUUGCGUUCUUUAUUAUAAGAAAUACUUCAUAAUGAAUGUUGUGUGGAUCCUAUUUACGGCGUUUGUCUUUACAGCCGCGAAAACCGAAGAAAAGGUGAACGACCGGCCCAUUAUUGGUAUCUUAACGCAGGAGAUAGAUUACAACUUGAAUAAGAAGUAUCCUAAUCAGUAUCACAGCUACAUCGCUGCGUCCUAUGUGAAAUUUGUAGAAGGUGCCGGCGCACGAUCAGUUCCAAUUUGGAUUGGUGGGAAUGAUUCAUACUACGAAGAUAUCUUAAGCAAGAUCAAUGGAGUUCUCUGGCCGGGAGGUGCAACGUAUUUCUUUCAGAAGGAAGGAUAUGCCGAUGCAGGCGAUGCGAUUUACAGGAUCGCGAAAAAAAUCAACGAGAGAGGCGAGUAUUUCCCGAUACUUGGCAUCUGCCUUGGUUUUGAACUCCUGACAUAUGUCGCGGCGAAUCGCGUCGAGCAUAGGACGUUGUGUUCCAGUAAUAGUCAACCUCUUCCGCUGGAAUUCAUGCGUGACUUUAGAGAUAGUAAUAUGUUUAAAAAUGCUCCAUCGAAUGUCAUAAGGAUCUUAGCUAGAGAAAACGUCACGGCGAAUUACCAUCACUAUUGCGUUACAAAAAAGGAUUUACGCCGUGUUAACUUGACUGACGAAUUUCAUGUAUUAUCGAUGAAUCGCGACAAGAAAGGCUUGAAAUUCAUUUCCACAUUGGAGCAUAAGCAGUUUCCAUUCUACGGAUUGCAAUUCCAUCCGGAGAAGAAUCUCUAUGAAUGGGUGACUGGGAAGAAUAUUCCUCAUGGGCAUAACGCCACUGUGGUAUCUCAAUAUUUCGCCAAUUUCUUCAUUAAUGAGGCUCGCAAAAAUUCGCACGAAUUUAGAACGAAAGAGGAAGAGGAACAAAGACUGAUUUACAACUAUCCUGUUACUUACACAGCGCCACAGAAUUCGACUUAUGAGCAAUGUUAUAUGUUUAAGAAAAGCGACCGCGACGGUCUUCUUAUAGAGAAUGAUAUAUAAAAUUUAGCAUGUUUAUAUUUAUUCUUAAGAUAGGAAAACACACACAACGUCGCUUUUUUCCAUGCACAAAUGUCUUAUGUUCCCAACCGGUUUAUACAAAACGUCUUUGUAAACGGAUUUGUCUAUUUUUUCACUGUCUAAUUAUAUCAUCCGGGUAGCCGCGUAAUAAAUAGAUGAGAAUCAUGUGACUUGUUAAUUUUGUGUUAAUAAAAGUAUCGUUAAUGUAACAAGACGGCACUAGGGAGCACACAAACAAAAGAUUGGUACGCGUAAUUUCCACAUUUAACAUAACACCAGUGUAUAUUGUGUCACAACUGGGAUACAUAAUAUUACAAUGGUGCAUAAUAAAAUUCUAUACAUAUUUUUGUUCUAUCUAAA